GUCGUCACUAUAGGCCAAGAGAGUCGCUACAUCUGGACAGAUGUUCAUGCCGGCUAUGCUGCCAUAUUCCUGAUCAACCGACUGAACAUGCUAUGGAUGGCGAUCUCGGAAAUAUUGAAUGUGUGCUCGUUUCAUACUCUUACGUCCGCAUAGAGUUGCAAGCAGACGACCAUGUUCUGGGACGUCGUUGCGAUUAGCACAAUGCUCAUGUGGGCCUGUGUUUCUACACUUCGUGUCUACGCCAUCAGUAACCGCGGUGUCUUGCUCGCGGCGACCACCGCAGCGCUUGCUGCCAUUCCCAUUGCAGUCAACAUUUUUUCAUACAUCAAGACCAAAUCCUUCCUGGAAAGCUUUGAUGCGUCGAGAAUGUGUAAUGAGAAUUAUACCUUCUCAACCCAGACAACAAAUGAGUUGAGUGAUAGCGCUCUCACACCCAAUGACAGCCUCGCUGAGACUGCAGCGUGGUCAAUUGAUGACAGGAUCGUGAUCUUGAGCAGGGCGUCGACUACAGCGUCGGACCUCAUGGUCUUGAUAGUCACCUGGUGGCAACUAAGUGGGACUCUACGAUCGUCAACGCAGAAGCGAAAUCGUUCUGCGCUCGUCGUUCUCUUACUGAGAGACAGCACCUCGUAUUUCGUAUUGCUUCUUCUGAUCAAUAUCGCCCAGAUAAUCGCGCAAGUGAUGCUUGGUCAAGUGUUCAAUCCGAUCCAAUUUCUCAUACUGCCCACAACGUGCAUCGUGAUCUCCAGGCUGAUCCUCAACCUGCGUGGACUUUCAUUCGCUAUGCGCUCACCCAUGCACGCUCAACGCGACACCAGCUCUCCUCCGAGGUCGACUGUUCUCAGUUCCUUCCAUCCUUCGCUUUUGUCGACUAUCAUGUUCGGCCCGAAUUCUCAGAGUAGCCAAGGCGGCGAAAUGCCGCCAGUCCCGCCGGAAUCACCAUCCCGCUGCCCAGAAAGCGCGCUGGAAAGUGGACUCCUCGACGUUGCUGACUCCGCGAUGGAUGAUAUCGUAGAAGAAGAAGAUGAGGAGGAUGCGGAUGCGGAGUGA